AUUUCCGCUUCUCAUUCCAAGAAGGGAUUAGCGAGAGACAACCGGGGACGACAUCCAUUUUUUUUAGCCCCCGUCCCUAAGCCGAUUUAUGCUUUACCACGAGCAGAGCGACGUCUUACCAUUCACAACACUUUAGAGGUUUAGGGAUGAACUGAAGAUGAAUGUAAACCAGCAUACUCCCAUGGCCUCUCCCUAUAGCCAGCCUCAGCCUGGCUACGGGCAGCCCACCUUUGCACCCCUGGACAGUGGGUACCCGCCUCCGUACGCACCUUACAAUGGCCCCGCGUCAGCCUACCAGCCUGGAGUGCCACCGCAAGGUUAUUCAUCUUUUACCUCCUUCCCCUCUAAGUCUGCGCCAGCCAACCCUAUCUCAGAGCUCUCCUCUCCUCUUGACCUAGGUCACGGCAGGGCUCCUCCCACUUCCGGGCCACCGCCUGUAUCGGCUCCUCAAGCGUAUAGUCAGUAUGGUGUUCAUCAUCAGAGCGACAUGCAGAAUGGACCGCCACCUAUGACACAGGCGUCCCCAAGGCCCGUUGCAUCCCAGUCGUUCAACCAAGGAGCGGUUAAUCUGCCAGGUCCGCUCACCUCCUACCCCCAACACUAUGGACCCCCGCCCACGAUGCAACACGUCACCAGUCAGAUGAGUAGCAUGCAGAUUAACUGCGGACCGCCCAACUCCGCAGUUCCCGGAUACGCACCGCCGCACAGCUCCCAGCCUCCUGUCAGCACUUCCUUCUCAGCCUCACCUGCCGCCUCCUACACUCAAGCUCUCCCCCCUGCGUCGUCUGCUCCCAGCCAGGCACCACCUGCUGCUUCUCACCAGUACUACGGGGGCCCCCCUCCACCCUCCCAGCCGCCAUUCAAUUCCUCUCUCCCCGCUACCUCUCAACAGCCGUUCACCUCUCCUGCUCCUCCUCCGCCAUCGAGUCAGCCAUCCUUUCCUCCUCCUCCUUCGUAUUCGGGUCCUCCGCCGGCUCAGGCUCCCUCCCCGUUGAUGUCGCAGCCUCAGCAGUCCUUCAUCCCCAGUCAGCCCGCCUUCUCCUCAGCCCCUCAAGAUUCCUUCCCUCCAAGAGCGCCUCCUCCCACCUCCUCUCAGUAUCCUCCUCCUCCGACGUCAACUCCCUCCGGGCAGUACCCAGGUGCCUUUCCACCUCAGCAGCAACCCAUUUUCCCCUCGGGUCCCCUUCCUCCAAGACCCCAGAUGCCCCUCGCGUCCAUGUCUCAGAGCAACCACUUACCUCCAGGACCACAGGGCCCGCCAGGCCCUCGUGGAUCCCUGCAGCAGCAGCAGAUGCCCCCACCCCAACCUGGCAUGCCGGUAGGGUAUCCUCCCCAGCAGAAUGGUGCAUUUGGGCAGGUAAGAGGGCCUCAGCCCGGCUACACGGGCCCUUGUCCCGGGCAACCGAAUUACGGCGCUCCGGCACCAGGCCCUGCACCACCUGCACAGAAAAGAUUGGAUCCAGACGCCAUUCCUAGUCCACAAGCGUCUGACAUGCCAGCCGUGCAGAAAUCAAGACAUAGAAUAGACCCAGACGCUAUUCCCAGCCCAAUACAAGUAAUCGAGGAUGACAAGGCCAAUAGCACAGAGCUUUUCAGCACAGGCGUCAGGGGUCAAGCGCCACCACUGGUCACCACCGACUUCCACGUCAAAGACCAAGGGAAUGCCAGCCCCAGGUUCAUCCGCUGUACAGCCUACAACAUGCCCUGCACGGCAGACAUGGCCAAGCAGUCUCAGGUGCCACUGGCCGCUGUCAUCAAGCCCCUCGCUACGCUGCCACCGGAUGAGACACCUCCAUACCUGGUGGACCACGGGGAAGGAGGUCCCAUCCGUUGCAACCGUUGUAAGGCCUACAUGUGUCCGUACAUGCAAUUCAUCGAGGGAGGCCGCCGCUUUCAGUGCGGAUUUUGCUCUUGCGUCACAGAAGUUCCUCCUCAUUACUUCCAGCAUCUGGACCACACUGGGAAGAGAAUAGACUUCUACGACAGACCGGAGCUUUCGCUGGGCAGCUACGAGUUCCUGGCCACUGUCGACUACUGUAAAAACAACAAGAUUCCUCAGCCUCCGGCCUUUAUCUUCCUUAUCGACGUGUCCUAUAAUGCUAUCAAGAGCGGCAUGGUCGGCAUUGUCUGCCAGGAACUCAAGACACUCCUGGACCACCUGCCCACAGAGAACUCGGACUCAGUGGUGCGGGUGGGCUUCGUCACUUACAAUAAGGUGCUGCACUUCUACAACGUUAAGUCCAGCCUGGCCCAGCCUCAGAUGCUGGUGGUGUCGGACAUCUCAGAAAUGUUCGUGCCGCUCCUGGACGGUUUCCUCGUCAACAUCGGAGAGAGCCGGCAGGUCAUCGAGAGUUUGUUGGACCACAUCCCAGAGAUGUUCGCAGACACCCGAGAGACCGAGACAGUCUUUGGACCUGUCAUACAGGCCGGACUGGAGGCACUCAAGGCGGCAGACUGUGCGGGGAAGCUGUUCGUGUUCCACACCUCGCUGCCCAUUGCUGAGGCUCCUGGCAAACUCAAGAACAGAGAAGACAAGAAGCUGAUUGGCACUGAUAAGGAAAAGUCUCUGUUUCAGCCUCAAGUGGGUUUCUACAACACACUGGCCAAAGAGUGUGUGGCGCAGGGGUGCUGCGUGGACCUCUUUCUCUUCCCCAACCAGUUUGUGGAUGUGGCCACACUCGCUGUGGUCCCCGUCUCCACCGGAGGCUCCGUCUACAAGUACACCUACUUCCAGCCUCAGUCGGACCAGGAGAGGUUCCUGAACGACCUGAGACGAGACGUUCAGAAGCCGAUCGGCUUUGAUGCUGUCAUGAGGGUUCGAACCAGCACAGGAAUUCGAGCGACAGACUUCUUUGGCUCGUUCUUCAUGAGCAACACCACUGACGUGGAACUGGCUGGACUGGACUCCGACAAGGCGGUCACAGUGGAAUUCAAGCACGACGACAAGCUCAGCGAGGAGACCGGGGCGCUCGUGCAGUGCGCCGUGUUGUACACCAGCUGCAGUGGCCAAAGGCGCCUCCGUGUCCACAACAUGGCCGUCAACUGCUGCUCCCAACUGUCUGACCUUUACCGCAACUGCGAGACGGACACAAUCAUCAACUUCCUCUCUAAAUAUGCUUUCCGCGGCAUCCUUAACAAUCCCACAAAGGCGGUGAGGGACACACUGGUCAACCAGUGCGCUCAGAUCCUGGCCUGCUACCGCAAGAACUGCGCCAGUCCCUCGUCGGCUGGUCAGUUGAUCCUCCCCGAGUGCAUGAAGCUGCUGCCCGUCUACCUGAACUGCGUGCUUAAGAGUGACGUGCUGCUCCCCGCUGCCGACGUGUCGCUGGACGACCGGGCGUACUUGCGACAACUCAUCAGCUGCAUGGACGUGUCUGAGACGCACGUCUUCUUCUACCCACGCCUGCUCCCGCUGAUGAAGCUGGAGAGCGGCUCAUUGCCAGGGGCGGUGCGGGCGUCAGAGGAGAGGUUAUCUAAAGGCGGCGUGUACCUUCUGGAGACGGGCCUGCACCUCUUCCUGUGGGUGGGGGCCAACGCGCAGCAGGAGCUGCUGCUCAACAUCUUUGGGACGUCCAGCUUCAGCCAGAUUGACGCCACCAUGACAUGUCUGCCCGUCUUGGACAAUCCUUUCUCACAAAGACUCAGAGAGAUGGUUGACUCCUUCAGAGUACAGCGGUCACGAUACAUGAAGUUGAUGGUAGUGAAGCAGGAGGACCGCUCAGAGCUCAUCUUCCGACACUUCCUGAUGGAGGACAAGAGCGCGAGUGGCGGCGCAUCCUACGUGGACUUCCUGUGUCACAUGCACAAGGAGAUCCGCCAACUCCUCAGCUAGACUCCGCCGAAAUCUCCUCCUCUUCCCAUCCUUUGUUUCUUUUCUAUCUUUUUUUUCCCCUUUUUUUUUUUUUUUAAACAACUAAACUUCCCACCGUUAACAGAGCGGCCACAGCCUGGCACCUUACAUCGUGUGUGUGUGUGUGUGUGUGAGUGUGAGUGUGAGGAUGUGUGUGGGUUUGAGAUAAUCUGAUGUUAAUAGAGCGUCACUCUGCCUCAAACUGACUGCUAAGGAGGAAGAGGAGGAGGGAGAGUGAUGUAUGUAUAUACACACACACACUGAAGAAUAAUGUACGCAACACGACUGGAUGUAUUGAUUAGCACUGACUUAAGGCUGUUUAAAGCACCCUUUCCCAUACGUGGCUUUUUAUAUAGAAGCCAAUCCCGUUAUACAGUGUAGGAGGUCUCCGUACUAGCAAGACACCAAUGGAAUCAAAUAAUGCUGUAACCUGAUCUCCUCCCCUCCUCUUUUAAUCAUUGCCUUAUAGCAAUCCACCUCCUCUGUAUGUAUGUAUGUAUGUAUGUAUGUAUGUGUCUCUAGGUUAUAUUUAAAAAAAUAAUAAUAAUCAGGAUUUAACCCCAACAGCAGUGCCUGUUAGCUUGCCAAUGGCCUUUUACCUUUCAUGAAAUACUUCUAUCCAAAAAACAUGAUGGUUACUGUUGCUCAUUUUGAUUGACUCAUUGGGUUAAUCAGCCAUGAUGGUUGUUUUCGUCAUGUCACCAAAAACAUAAUUUUUUGUAAAGGCCUCUGUGUUGCACUGUCCAGGUGUACCUAAUGAAGUGUCCCUAUUAGUCGAUCCUAUUAGAAGUCUCCCUAAUGAAAAGUCCUCACUUGACACAUCGAGGCAGCCAUUUUUUAUUGAAUAAUGCCACAAAAAAACUAGCGUUACCUUUUGUAAAUGUCCUAUGUUAGAUCUUAUUGAAGUGUACCAACUCAAUUGUCCUCACCUGACACAACCGCGAUAAGAUAUUUUUCAUUUAAUAAUGCCACCCCCCAAAAAAAACUGCACAUUUUUGUGAAAGUCCACUGUUAAAUCCCAUUAGAGGUGUCUCUGCGGGCCGUCUUGCGCUGUAAUUUCCGCGUGGCAUGAUUAAAGAUGAACCCUGCUGAGCUGUCUGUGUUUAUAUAUACAUAUAUAAAUAUAUAAUCUGUACAGAAUUCAUAGAAAAUAAGCCUUUUAAUUCAGCUGUGAUGGUAUUUUUGCUGUCAUAAAUAUAGAAAUCAUGGCAUUUACUAAUGAACGGGAGUUAAUGUCAUGACUGACUACAUUUGAUGAGUGAGUGAGUGUGUGUGUGUGUGUGUGUGUGUGUCGGUCCUGGUGAAAUUUCUCCCGGGGAACAGAGGGACCAUCUAACAAACCCACCAAAUUAAAGUCGUCAAAAUCACUUUUUGUUCCUUUUUAAAAAUGUGUAUAAUUGUGUUUGAAGCCCUCUGUUCUCUUCUGUUACCUUGGUUGAGCCGCCAUCGUCACUGUAAUCUUCAUUAUGUUCCUUUUUGUUGAUUUAGUUUUGGUUUUUUUCCCUUUCUCAUUGCCUCUUGGGACUGCUAAUAAAAAUGAUUGUUUCAAAAGUGAAAUUCAA